AUGUCUUCUUCCAAUACUAAAAUUGUCUUUACUGGUAAUUGUGAAUACAUCAAUUUACCAUAUCAAAAGGAAACAGAUUUAUAUUGUAUGGCAACGUUACAGGCUCCAGAAUUUGAAGCCGAUGAAAGAAAAGAAAGAAAGGGAAUUGAUCUUAUUUGUGUAGUUGACAAAUCAGGAUCAAUGGCAGGCAGUAAAAUUGAAAUGGUCAAAUCAACAUUAGCAUUCAUGUUUGAUCAAUUAAAGCCAACCGAUAGAAUUGCUCUCGUUGAAUUUGAUAGUAAUAUUUCAACUAGCCUUCAAUUUACUAAUAUGAACGAAAGUGGUAGAUCAAAGGCCAAACAAGUUGUUUCCAAUAUCAGAGCAGGAAGUUGUACAAAUUUAUCUGGUGCUUUAUUUGAAGGUUUGAGACUUAUUGGUCAAAGAACAAAUGCCAAUGAAGUUACUUCUCUUCUAUUAUUUACUGAUGGUUUAGCUAAUGAAGGUAUUACAAAUACUAAUGAAAUUGUUAAAAAGAUGACAACAAUGAUUCAUGAAGAAAUUAGAACUAACCUGACAGUUUUCACAUUUGGAUUUGGUACUGAUACAGAUGCUAAUAUGUUAACUUCAAUUUCUCAAGCUGGUAAUGGUUUAUAUUACUUCCUUCAAACAACUGAUGACAUUCCAAAGGCAUUUGGUAACGUUAUUGGUGGUUUGAUUUCAGUUGUUGGUCAAAAUAUCAAAGUUAAAAUUGAACCAAAUGCUAAUGUUAAAUUGAAGAAGAAGAAGGUUGCCAUGGUCAAUGCUUUCUCUGAAGGUUUGAAGAAGAAAUAAAUAAUCAAUUAUUUUUACA